AUGGUGGACAAGGGUGUUACCGUGAGACAUAAGAUGGGACCAUUUGAAAUGACCGGGAGGCAGAAGUGUAAACUUCGAGGAAGUCGACCCUGUGCAAAAAGCCCAGGUGCAGUAUACAUGGAGAUCAAAAAACGUAGUACAAUUGUGAAGUCGAACACCAAGGAAAUGAAGGAGCAUACAGCUAGCCAUAUAUUAAAAUCACAACUGCAGAAAAACUGGGAGAAGAAAGGAUGCAAACAAAAUUGA